AUGUUUCGUGGUGUCUGCGGUAUUCUCAGGGCGGGGAAGAGAGUACCCGCGGCGACUGCCACGUCAGCUUCGUGUGCUGCAGCAUCAGUGGCAACAACAGACACACCUGCUUCUGCCGGGGCACAAGCGACAGCGCCCAAACAUGGGGCACGACCGCUCUACCUGGAUUUUCAGGCCACUACGCCGCUGGAUCCACGCGUGCUUGACAGGAUGUUGCCGUACCUAACGGAGCAGUACGGGAAUCCACACAGUCGGACACACCGUUACGGUUGGGUAGCGGAGAAUGCCGUGGAAAAGGCACGUUUAGAGGUGUCAGAUCUCAUUGGAGCCAGUCCGAAGGGAGUGUUCUUUACCAGCGGCGCCACAGAGUCGAAUAACAUUGCCAUUAAGGGCGUGGCGUACUAUAAUAAGAGCAAAAAGAAUCAUAUAAUCACACUUCAGACGGAGCACAAAUGUGUUUUGGACUCAUGCCGUUUCCUGGAGAUGGACGGCUUUGAGGUGACGUAUCUUCCAGUGGAGAAAAACGGUCUUGUUAAUAUGCAAACCCUUGAGAAUGCUAUUCGCCCAACCACUGCACUCGUCUCCUGCAUGUAUGUUAACAACGAGAUUGGGGUAAUUCAGCCUAUAAGCGAGAUUGGAAGGCUGUGCCAUCAGAAAAAGGUCCUUUUCCACACAGAUGCUGCCCAAGCCCUGGGGAAAGUAUCCAUUGAUGUGGAGCGUGAUAAUAUUGAUCUUAUGUCCCUCUCCGCUCACAAAAUCUAUGGCCCAAAGGGAUGUGGUGCUCUCUUCAUGCGUCGUCGUCCUCGUGUGCGUGUGCGUUCGCCUGUCAGCGGUGGUGGACAGGAGCGUGGAGUGCGGAGCGGCACUGUGGCGACAGCACAGGUGGUUGGGAUGGGUGCUGCCUGUGCUAUUGCAAAAGCCGAAAUGAAGCGGGACUCUGAACACAUAUUACGACUUUCAAAGCGUCUACUACAUGGUUUGCACAGUCGGUUGUCGCACAUAACCGUCAAUGGUGACAUGAAAAAUCGAUACUGUGGCAACCUUAACAUCAGUUUCGAGUGCGUUGAGGGCGAGAGUCUGUUGAUGGGGAUGAAGAAAGUGGCGGUGUCAAGUGGAAGCGCGUGCACAAGUGCCUCUUUGGAGCCAAGCUACGUCCUUCGGGCGCUUGGUGUUGGUGCGGAAAACGCUCAUACCUCCAUUCGCUUUGGGAUCGGCCGCUUCACCACUGAGCGGGAGAUUGACGUAACGAUUGAGGAGUGCGUGCGAAACGUGGAGCGACUGCGUGAGAUGUCGCCACUGUGGGACAUGAUCCAAGAGGGCAAGAGUCUCGCGGAUGUGGAGUGGCGGUAA